AUGACAAAGAGAAUGGGAUACCGAGACUGGAGAUGGCAGGCGCUUUGGUGGCAUCAUUUCUUUCUCUUGUGGAGUACAAUAGACGGACAGACGCGUUACAGCAUCCCAGAGGAACUAAAACAAGGCUCUGUGGUCGGAAAUCUAGCCAAAGAUCUGGGUUUGGGACUAUCAGACAUUUUUAACCGGAGGCUGCGAGUCGCCUCUGAGGCUGGUAAGCAGUAUUUCAGCGUGGAUGCGGGGAAGGGCGAGCUGGUGGUGAAUGACAGAAUAGACAGAGAGGCUCUAUGCGGACAAAGCUCCAGCUGUGUUCUACCUCUGCAGGUUGUUCUUGAAAACCCUCUAAAUUUGCACCGGAUCGAGGUGGAAAUAAAAGAUAUAAAUGACAACUCGCCUCGUUUUCAUACGAAAGAAUUGUCCUUAAAAAUUUCUGAAUCGGCAGCAGUGGGAACUCGUUUUCCCCUGGAAGGUGCAGAAGAUUUUGACGUUGGCAGUAAUUCGGUUAAAUCCUACAUGUUGACUAAAAACGACUGUUUCACUCUAAAAAUGAAGGAGGUCGAGGACGGAAAAACAGUCCCGGAGUUAGUGUUAGAGAAACCCCUUGACCGAGAGAAGAAAGCAGUACAUCAGCUCCUGCUUACUGCAUUAGACGGCGGAAAUCCAGUCAUGUCUGGCACCUCAGAGAUCACAAUCACAGUGUUGGACAUAAAUGAUAACUUUCCAGUUUUUGAUAAGAAUGUAUAUAAGGUUUCAUUAGGGGAAAAUACCGCAAAAGAUACGUUUGUUGUCAAAAUCACAGCAACUGAUGCUGACGAGGGUCCGAACGCUGAAAUUCAAUUCUCUUUUGGCUCGCGGACACCGGAUUCAGUCUCAUCAGUAUUUGAAAUAAAUUCACUAACAGGGGAAAUACAUUUGAAAGGAGACUUAGAUUAUGAAAGGGCCUCCUCCUACAAAAUUGAAAUAACUGCGAAAGACAAAGGGGUUCCCGAAAUGGAGAGCCAUUGUCGUUUACAAAUAGAUGUUGUAGAUGUUAAUGAUAACACUCCAGAAAUUGUUCUCACCUCUGAACCGCAGUCGGUGCGAGAAGACGCACCAAGUGGCACAGUGGUGGCGUUGCUCAACGCACGCGAUGCUGACUCCGGUAAUAAUAGCAAAGUAACACUGCAUUUGCCCAAAGGUUCUCCUUUCACUCUAAAGCCGUCAUUUUCCAACAAUUACGCACUGGUUACCAGCGGUGCUUUAGACAGAGAACGUUUCUCUGAAUAUAAUAUUGAGAUAACAGCCACUGAUUCAGGCUCUCCUCCUAUGUCCAGUAAGAAAAUGAUACCUGUCAGCAUCACAGAUGUGAAUGACAACCCUCCUGUGUUCACUCAGUCCUCCUAUAAUGUCUAUUUAAAGGAGAAUGGGGUUCCAGGUUCCAUACUGUACUCAGUAUCAGCAUCUGACCUGGAUUUUGGUGAAAACGCCAAAAUCUCUUACUCUAUACUGGACUCCAAAGUGCAGGACGUUUCCGUCUCGUCUUAUGUUUACAUUAACUCAGAUAACGGCAGCAUCUACAGCAUGCACUCGUUUGACUAUGAGAAACUGAAGGUGUUUGAGAUUCAGGUUCAGGCAAAGGACCAGGGCUCUCCGUCUCUCAGCAGCAACGCCACUGUCCAUGUUUUUAUCCUGGACCAGAACGACAACGCCCCCGCUGUUAUUUACCCGUCCUCCGCCGCCCUGGGCUCCCUCUCUCAUCAGAGGAUGCCCCGCUCCGCUAAAGCGGGUCACCUGGUUACCAAGGUGACGGCCGUGGACGCCGACUCGGGCCACAACGCCUGGAUCUCGUACAAAGUGGCGGAGGCCACAGAUGCCUCUCUGUUCACUGUCAAUCUGUACACAGGGGAGGUGAGGACUAAACGCGCUGUGUCCGAGCAGGACGACUCCUCUCAGAGGCUGCUUAUAGAGGUCAGGGACGACGGGGAACCGGUCCAGUCCGCCACCGUCACGGUGUCCAUCCUGCUGGAGGACGGCCUCCAUGAGCCCAUCUUAGACCUGCGACACAAAGCGUCCAAGCCCAGCAAGAAAACUGGGAGAAUGACUCUUUAUUUGAUUCUGUCUCUGGCCUCGGUGUCCGUGCUGUCUCUGUUGACUUUUCUCAUCUUAGCGGUGAAAUGCAUGAGGAGCAGCAGAAGCAGCGGUAGUUGCUGCAUGAGACGGAGCGACUGUGAUGAUUACAAGAACCCCAACAGAAACCUGCAGAUUCAGCUCAACACCGACGGACCUAUAAAGUACGUGGAGGUCCUGGGAGGAGACAUGUUGUCUCAGAGUCAGUCGUUCAGGUCGUGUAUGUCUCCCAUGUCAGAGUACAGUGAUUUCACUUUGAUCAAACCCAGCAGCACCACUGACUUUAAGGAGGUGAUCAGUGUCCUGGAUGCGUCUUUGCCCGACAGCACCUGGACCUUUGAGAGCCAGCAGGUGAGCAGAUGA